CUUCUCAACUAACCUAAACACAGAGAGUGUCGACGGCGACGGCGACGGCGACGGCGAGAGCAAUGACGACCGAGGAAAGUACAACAAGCAGAAAUAGGAAGAGGAAGAGACAAAGAAACCCUAAACCAUCUAAAGAAGAGCUUAUCGAGACGACACCAAAGAACCAAAACAACAAAAAGAGUCAGAGAGAUACCAAAGUUCAGCAACAUGGAGGUUCUUCAGCUUCAUCGAAACGACCUAAAUCUUCCAAUUUCCUCGACGCGCUUCGAGAGAGAUUAUCUGGUGGACAAUUUAGGAUGCUCAAUGAGAAACUCUACACUUGCUCUGGAAAAGAUGCAUUAGACUACUUUAAAGAAGAUCCAGAAAUGUUUGAUAUGUAUCAUACAGGGUAUCAACAACAAAUGUCAAAUUGGCCUGAGCUUCCUGUUAAUUCCAUUAUUAAUUGGCUUUUGUCUAAGAGCUCUUCUUUAGUUGUGGCUGAUUUUGGCUGUGGUGAUGCAAGGAUUGCUAAAAGUGUGAAGAACAAAGUUUUCUCCUUUGAUCUUGUCUCAAAGAACCCCUCUGUUAUUGCCUGCGAUAUGUCAAAUACUUCACUUGAGUCUUCAUCGGUGGAUGUUGCUGUUUUCUGUCUUUCAUUAAUGGGUACAAACUAUUCUAGUUACAUCAAAGAGGCACAUCGAGUUCUUCGUCCAAGUGGUAUGCUUCUUAUAGCGGAAGUUAAGAGCAGGUUUGAUCCAAACAAUGGAGGAGCAGACCCAAAAGACUUUUUGAAAGCAGUUUGUGAACUUGGAUUUACUUCGGUUUUAAAGGACUUCUCAAAUAAGAUGUUCAUCCUAUUCCAUUUCAAGAAAAAGGAGCAGGUGAAUUCAGAUCAGAAGAUAAUAAAGUGGCCUGAGUUGAAAGCAUGUUUAUACAAACGUCGAUGAUGAGUUUACGAAGAUUACACAGAAUACUAUUUAUGUUCUUCACUGUUUAUGAUGAGUUUAUGAUGGAAGAUUACAGAGAGUAGUGCCAAUGCUGUAGCAUUUUAGCAUAUUGAUCUGAACCCUUUGUUUAUGAAAUUUUGUAAGAGGAAAUCAAUCACAUUGGUCUUU